AUGAGCACUCUGAGCACUCCUCGCCUCGACCACAACAGUACAAUUAACGAGAACAAGAACAUUAACAAUAGCAGAGACAAUAGAAUCCUGAACGACCCUGGUAUUCAGUCCCUCCACAGCCUACCUCGUACCAACACAACAUUUAAAAACCUCAUCAUCCCUGAGCAUUCCUCGCUACCCUCUCCUCUCUCUCCUCCACUCUCAGUCUCGCCCUCAUCCUCUGGGUCAUCCAUGGCAGACUUUAUAGCCACUCAGGCCCAACAUGGGUUCCCUUCCUUUUCUUCUUCUUCCUCUUCUUCUCUUCCUCCAUUCCAUCCUUCCUCCAACAACUCCUCUCACUCCAUUAACGAUAUCAGCCAUCCACAUUUGAACAGCGUUUCAGCUUCGCCUUCUCCUCUGGCUACUAUUCAGACCUCUCCCGAGGCUUGGUUAGCCCACGCUGCUGAGCAACGCCGUCAUCUCUCUUCAGCCUCAUUCUCCUCCACCACCUCCUCGUCCAUGUCUCAUUUAGUCUCACCACAAUCAAAGUCACAGUCACCUGUUCCACUUGAAUUUGGGGAAAGUGAACAGAUCCAGGACGGGAUACAGAAUGUGAAGGAUCCCUAUCAUCAGAGCACUAUCAUCCCUUUAGACCAUGAUCAUGACCAUGAUCAUGAAGAAGAUGAGCAGGAGCCAGAGCUGAACAUGAACCUUCGACCAUCCGAGUUACGGGCAUCGUUGAUGGCCAGAGCAAAACGCAGCUCUGCGAGAUUGCAGAAGAAGCGGUCAGAAUCCAUGCCAAUAGACAUGCUAGACUUGCGACUGUCAAUGCAAUCGAAUCAAAGGCAUGUUGCUUUAAUGUUUUUAUAA